CGCCCGCCAGGCGCCGCCGCAGGGCAGCCGCCGUCGGCCAAACGCGGCCUCGCGCCUCCCCUUUAAGGAGUGUUGUGGUGACGUCACCGGGCCGGCUGCGGCUGCCGCUCGAGCGCAGGCCGCGCCGCCGCCGCCGCCGCCGCGCGCCAGACGCCGCCGCCGCCGCCGCCAUGCCCUCGGACCGGCCCUUCAAGCAGCGCCGCACCUUCGUGGAUCGUUGUAGAGAAGUGCAGCAGAUCCGAGAACAGCAUCCAAACAAAAUCCCGGCUCGCUUUGUCCUGGAUGGACUUUUCAGAAGGCAUCUAGGGGAAGAGCUUCCCCCAAGACCCCUUGCACCUCUCCUUUGUCUGGGAACUGUCUGUGAGGUCAUCAUUGAACGCUACAAAGGCGAGAAGCAGCUGCCAGUGCUGGACAAGACCAAGUUUCUUGUCCCAGACCAUGUCAACAUGAGUGAAUUGGUCAAAAUAAUCCGGCGUCGCUUGCAGCUGAAUCCCACCCAGGCAUUCUUCCUGCUGGUGAACCAGCACAGCAUGGUGAGUGUGUCUACCCCCAUCUCGGAGAUCUAUGAGCAGGAGAAGGACGAGGAUGGCUUCCUCUACAUGGUCUAUGCCUCACAGGAGACCUUUGGCUACUGAGCCCUUGUAAGAGAUGGCAUGCGGAGAUGGACGAACUGUGGUGCACAGGCCCCUAGCCUUGGAAGAUGAUGCAACCAGAGGCUCGCAAGAGGGGGACUGUGCUGGCUCCCUUCAUCAUUACCCCAUCAUCAAAAAGGCUCAUGGUGUGUGUUGGACUUGCACAACCCUUUGCCUCUCUGUGUAGAUUAGUCUCAUUUCUUCCUCGACCCCCUACACGCGCAUUUACCUACACACAUCCAUGCGUGCACACCAAGCCUCAGCUUCCUGUCCCAUUCCCUCAGUGUAACUUUCAGCUGCUCUCCGUGUGUUGUGUAUGUGUGUGUAUUUCUAGCUUACUGCCAAAACAGUUCAGCUGGUGAUGGGGAGAGGAAAGGGCAGUAUCACCUUGGCUUUCAGUACAGGGAGAGCUGCCUCCCCCUCCAAGACACUAACAAAAGGCAGGAAGUCUGCAAAAACAGCAAACAAAUGUUAUCAUUGCUCCUGAGUUUUAAUUGAUUUUAAUUACACGCGUAUCAGAUUCUUGGUGCUACUGAGUAGAUGUAGGCAUCUUUAUAGGACUGUGGAUAAUGUAUAUCCUUUAGAUUUAUUUUAUUUUAUUUUGAGGGAUGGGUCGGAAUGGGGAGAUGGGGUAAUCUUGUUUUCUGUCGGUAAGACAGGCUUUAUUGCACUUUAAAGCAUAGUAGAUGUGAGAGUGGAAUUUACUCUUAAUUUAUAUGUUUGCCAUAUAUAGUGCUGCUCCUCUGUUGACAGUUGUACCUAGAUUUUUUUUCUUUUGUUAAUAAAAUUGACUUCCCUUCUCUGUC